CCCCUGCCGCGUCGCCCGCAGGCGCCAGCACUCGCGCGUCCCCUUCCCCGGCCCUCCCGGGGCCGCGCAGCGCGCACCGGCUCUGGGCGGGGCCUUGCAGUGGUAGCAGGGCUCCUCCUCCUGCUCCUCCUCGACCUGCCCUUCGGGUCCUCUCGCGCUGUCCUCCUCUGGGGCCCCUCCGCCUUGUCCCAGCCAUGGUGGCCUGGCGCUCGGCGGUCCUUGUCUCCCUCGCUCUCUUCUUGGCUAUCCUGGUCCAGAGAGGAUCUGGAGACUCUGAUGAUUUUAAUCUGGAGGAUGCACUGAAAGAAACUUCCUCAGUAAAGCAGAGAUGGGACCACCUCACCACUACUACAACCAGGAGGCCAGGAACAACCAGAGCUCCAGCAUAUCCUGCAGGUGAUUUUGAUUUGUCUGAUGCUUUGGGUGAUCGAGAUGAUGGCCAUAGGAAACCAAGUGCAGGAGGAAGAGGGAGAUGGGACCACCUCACCACCACCACAACCAGGAGGCCAGGAACAACCAGAGCUCCAGCAGGUUCUUCAGUAAAUGAUUUCGACUUGGCUGAUGCCUUGGAUGAUCGAAAUGAUCCAGAUGAUAGCCGCAGGAAACCAAAUGUAGCAGGAGGAGGUUUUUCAGACAAGGAUCUUGAAGACAUAUUAGGAGGUGGUGAAUACAAACCUGAUAAGAAUAAAGGUGGUGGUGGCUAUGGCAGCAGUGAUGACCCUGGAUCUGGCAUGUCAGCAGAGACUGGCACCAUCGCUGGAGUAGCCAGUGCCCUGGCCAUGGCCCUGAUUGGUGCUGUGUCCAGCUACAUCUCCUACCAGCAGAAGAAGUUUUGCUUCAGCAUUCAGCAUGCAGCGGAAGGUCAAGAGGGUCUCAAUGCAGACUACGUGAAAGGGGAGAACCUGGAAGCCGUUGUAUGUGAGGAACCCCAAGUGAAAUACUCAGCACUGCAAACACAGUCUGCAGAGCCCUCGCAACCCGUACUGUCCUCAAUCUGAGGCUCCAUUCAGCAGCAUACACACAUGAAGGGUGCCACCACCCUUCGGCCCCUCAUGUAGACCCCCAGCUGCUGUGCUACGCUUUCCACAUCAUUGGCUUCUUAUUGUUGUGAGUUUUCCUGACAAGCUUUGAGUGUUCGUGAAUUUGGUUUCUGUGCCCUGCCUGCAGGGUGGGGUGUCUGCCCUGCCCCAGGCGCUCUGAAGAGACUUGGUACUGAGACUCAGGACCCAGUUCCAGCAGAUUACCAGCAUCAUCCUUGGAACCUGCUGGGUCACCAGCUCCUCAGAGCCAUCCUGUCCCAGCCUCAGCAUGGGGAGGGGAAACCAAGAUGAGAGCAGGCAAGAGGACACUGGGGACGGCGUGGAAGGAGAGCAUUUCUGCUUGGGUGAUAAAUCGAAAGGUGGUAUGAUCCCCCUACACACUGGAGUGGCUGACUCUGGCAGUGACCUCUGAGAGCUGUAAGUGGCUGGGUCCUGCUAGCACCCAGUUCACUUGGAACCCCUGCACGGGGCAGACAAAUCAACACCAAGCAAUGCCACACACAUGUAAUACCCAGGGCAGUGUUUUUCUUUUCCAAUCCUGGAUUUUACAUUGCUGGCCUUUAGAGCUGGCACAAGUGGAGACUUUUCAGUUACUUCAGUGCAAAUGUGCAUCUCAUGAUAAUCCUGCCCUGAGAGUAUAAGAAUCUGGAGAAGUUGGAAGCUGCGACUUGCAGCCCUAAUUCCUACCAGAUUCCAGAGGGAAUGGCCAGGGUAAAAUUCUUAAGAGUCAUUUCUGCUUUGGAAAUGUUUUCUACUGGGUGGUGGGUGGUCACCCCACCCUGUAUAUGAGCUCAUUUGAGUAGCAAGAGCUACAGGCAUGGAGAACGAGCAUUGAAACCAGAACCAUGCUCAUAGAAGUUGCCUAGAAAUGUAUGGGAGGGUACAGACCUGUAAUCACAGCAGCUCAGGAGGCUGAGGCAGGAGGAUCACAAGUUUGAUACCAGCCUCAGCAACUUAGUGAGGCCCUAAACGACCCUAUCUCAAAAACAAAACAAACAAACAAAAAAAAAAAACCAGACAGACAACAAAAAAAUCAGGUUGGGGAUGUGGCUCAGUUGUUAAACAUCCCAGUUAAAUUCCUGGUACCAAAGUAGAAGAAAAGAAAGAAAAAGAAAUGUAUGGAAGGAGGAAAAGGAGCUGCUUCUGCCUGUGUAGCUCUGUAGUUAUCCUCCUUGUCGAUUCUGAUGAAGAGCAUUUGGAACAUUGAUGAUAUGUUAGACAUGAGAACCCAAGGAAUGGCCCCUAACCUGGCCCAAGUUGCGUGGUUUGGGCCAGAGCAUAGCUGGCUUCAUGGUAUUCCUUUAGCCCUUGCCCCCAGCAAGCUCUGCUGGCAGAGGCUGAGCUACAGCAUAGAGCCCUGUGUGCUGGUUAUCAGUUUGGCAUGUCAAAAAGCAAUUGUUUGCUUCUUUGCCUCAUGCUAGGCAAUCCUUCUAAGCCACACCUCCAGCCUCCCAGAGAGCAAUUCUGAAAGCAGAAUAUAAGUCACCAGCAGGCAAGAUUCUAUUUACAAAACUUCAGGGCGUCUUUGGACUGCAUGAUGGCCCCACGCAUUCCACAUGCUGCACAUUUGCUCCUUUGCUGAGCUGGGAUGAGGCAUUCCCAUUUCUUAAGGAAACCACUGAAAUCCAAGCAGACCCCACCCACCAUCUAAUGCAUGCUACCGUGUGUGUCCGUUGUUUUAAAAGCCUAUUCAUGCCGGAGGGGCUUCAGAGGUGGUGCUGUCUCUAGGUGGUCUGGUAAGCCCACUCCCAGCGAGUGCUUGCAGCCUUCCAGCUGUUCCCUGUCCUGUUUGGCCCAGACACACCAGCACUGGGUCUGAAAGGCAGGCUGGAGCACUGAGGACGCAGCAACAUGAAGGAAGGGAAAUGGGCCUCAGGAAGUCAGGGAGCCAUUGUUUGCAAGAUUUGCCUGUUUCCAAGACCUUCCACACUGCUGGUGAGAAUAUCAUCAAUCAGAUUUGUGCCUCCCUGAUACCAAGGACAUCAAGAGAUGAUGGCCCCACAGCCUGGCCAUUGCUGAGCUGGAGGUGGCUAUGAAGAAUUUUUGCACCUCUGGUCUGUUGGCACCUAGACAGGGUGACCUCAGGUGUUAUCCAUCUUACCUUUAUGGAGAGGCCCAUCUGAUGGCACAGACGUUGAAACCCUGCAGCCAUGAUGUAAAAUAAAUGCUCUCGGUAAAACCAUUUUCUCAGUAUCACUGACUUCAGUGACAAGAGCCCUAUCUGCUCUCCCUUAGCUACCUCGGUGCCUUCUGCGUAAAGCCCUCCUGCAUAAAACCCAUCACUUGGCCCACAGGCGCUAACUUCAAGUGCCUGGACAGGCCUGGGCGGUCCUUGGCCUCCCAUUUGCAGAGAGUAUCAUUCCAAGGGCUCCUUCUUCCCGCUGGCAUUUGACACUUGCUUGGGCACUGUGGCCUGCAGAAGCCUUGGGAACUCCUCUCCUGUCUAUAGGAAUGCUUCAUUAGUCAGUUCAGGUCUGGUCCUAGGUGGUAGGAAAAAGGGAGUGAUAUGGAAAGGCCAAUUGAGAACAGUGAUUAUCAGCCAAGCUUGGCAGGGAGAACUUAUAAAAAGUUUAACAUUUAUAGUAUUAGCUCUGAGUAUAUGCGAGUGAGCUCACAGCUCCAUGGAAGACUGCUAAGGGAGCCAGAAGAUAGGGAACUUGGUGGGGAGGCGUGUCCUCAUGCUGUGGGGCAGGCCCACUGCCUCAGCCACUUGGAUUGGGGUUAGUAUCAUUUCUCUGAGGAAGAAGUGCUGGAGACCGAUCUGUACAUCCUUUUGUAUGUGCUGUGUCCAAGUGUGAAUUGUAAAAUGUCUAGUGUGUGCAUUAAACAAAAUGGAACGUUGUA